GCAAUCAAUUACGUAAUGCUUGAAUUUUUACUAUCAAGUUUUGGAGAUGAGGAGCCUAAAAGCAAUGCACUCGAUGUUAUAAGUAACAUAAUAGGAUGGACAUAUUUUGUAAGUUGGUCAAUCAGUUUUUAUGGAUAACUAUAUGAAAACUUCAAAGUCAAAAAGUAUUAGAAUAAUAAUAAUAUAGUGUAAAAGGAAUAGCUUUUGAAUUUCUUGGUUUAAAUUUAACUGGAUUUCUAUUUUUAAGUGCAUAUAGCUCAGCAGGCUAUUUUAAAGGAGGUGAUAAUGGAUGGCCAUUUAGUGGUGAUAUAACUAAAUAAGAUUUGUUCUUUGCAUAUCAUGCUGUUGCUAUUACUAUAUUAACAAUUAUAUAAACAGGUUAUUACUUUAGAAAGGGAGAUAAUCCAGGAGUCAGUGUAUGGUGUAUAAUAGUACUUAUUAUUCUUUGGUCUUAAACCAUUUUAUACGUCCUUUUGACUUGGAUAUUCGGUUGGAAUGUUAUAUUCGAAUAAGAAAAAUUAAAUGUUCUUUAUUGGAUGGGAUAUGAAAAACUUUUUAUUUCAUUCAUUAAAUAUGUUCCAUAAGUGUAUUUAAAUUAUAAAAGAAAAUCAACUGUUGGAUGGAGCAUAUUUAAUAUCUUAUUAGAUUUUAUGGGAGGAUUUUUAUCUUUCUUAUAAAUGUUACUUGAUUCUAUUAAUGGAAGUAAUUAUUAUAUUUAAUUAAAGAGAGUGCAAAUCUUGUGGAUGUCAAUAUUGUUAAGUUUAUAUUAAGUUGGAUAGCAAUGGGUUUCGAUGCUAUUUUCAUGUUCUAACACUAUAUUCUCUAUAAUCCCAAAAAAAAAAAAACAAGAGAUGCUCUAUUAGACGAAUAUUCUAUUCCAAAAAAAUGA